AUGAGCUUGCUCACUGCGCCAAUGGCAAGCAGCGCCGUGUUCAAAAAGCUGGAUGCAGACACGCAAAACAAGAUUGGCAAGGGCCUGGGCAAGGACAAGACUUCUACAGGCAGUGGGAAAGGAAAAUCCAAGAAGGGAAGGAAGGGCAAAGGAAAGGAUGCUGAUGCCAACAUGUCGCCACAGGCUGGGAGUACCCCCGAAGAGCCAUGGAGCCCAAUGGUUUAUCCCAUAGAAGGCUCCAGCCAAGAUGGUCGCCAGAAGACUGCGCUGGAUGACUUUAUGUCUGUAGUGCUUGGGGUCAUUCGCCGGUUCCAAGGGGAGAUUCAUGAUGACUCAGCGAAGUCCCUGGCAGACUGGGACAUGCACGCCAGGACCAUGUUCUCCCACGCCAUGAGUUACUUCAUGGAAUUUGCAUGGACAGGCGCAGUGGCUUUGAAUGGGAAAGUUGUACGAACGUACACCAAUUUCCGUGAUGAGUUGGAAGUUUUUGCCAGUACUGCUUGUCAGCUUGCGGCGUCUAGCGCAUCGUCAAGCUCUUCUGUGGCCCAGUCAGGUUUGACCUUGGGACUUACUUUUGCCAGUUUCUUGGAUGGGGACGCUUCUGGUCCAGUGGCCAUGUCUAUUGGGCAUGUCAAGGAGAGGGUUGACGAAACUGAUGAGGCAAAAGCAAUGACCCGCAUUCGAAGCAAUCUCCCGAUUGUCUUGGAUUCUGGCAUGGACGGAUUUGUGUCUGAUGUCCUCCCGUUGCCGCUGGAAUUCCAUGAGGGCUUCACCCGUGCAAAAGCUUCCUUGGGCAGGGAUCGAGAAAUCAAUGCUGAGUCGACGCCGAUGCAAGUGCUGCACAAGAUCUGCGCGGAGUUGCAGCAGUCCAUCCCGCCGAUUUGGAUUUCCUUUGCUGCAGAUGUCAGUGAACUCCACGCCGCCCGGUUGGACUUUGUCAAUGGUAGCAGCAAAGUGUUUUCAGGCAGAAAGGAUUUGCUGGAAAAAUUCCUCAGUAUCCGCGCCUACUACACGCUCAGUCUCUUGCGCGACCUUGCAUCUUUGAAGAAGACGAACUUUGCCGUGAAUAUCAACUAUUUGGUUUCGUCCCUGCACGUGGACUUGGGGAACCUCAUGGAAAUCAUCUCGAAGACUGCAGAGCAUGAGAGGCGUCAGAAACAAGCCCCGCCAGGUGAGUCCAAUGUUGCAAGUGAAGCUGGGCUCCUUCAGGAAGCAUUGAAGAACAUCAGCAAGCCACAUCCAGUCGCACCAUUGGUGUCCAGCUUUGAUGUUUUGCAAAGCAACGAAACGUGGGCAGCGAACUGGGCAAGCCUGCUUGAUACGAAAACCACAGAGGGGGCCUACAGUUUCUUGAAAGUCUUUGCGCCAGGAGGGGUUGCAAAUGAGCUUCAGAAGCUUGAGGUCCCAAAAGCCGAUGAUGACGAAGAUGGUCAGGGAGCCCAGGGAGAAUCUGAAAAAGCCAGCGCAGAAGAAGCAGAUGCUGGGCAGAAGGUUGCCGUGACCGAGAUUCGGUCCAGGAUGUAUCUGAACGAGAUCUUCGAUAGUGGCAUGAGCUUGGUCGAAAAGUCCGAGGAGUACCGGCUAUUGUUUGGCACUGAGAAGGGCCAAAUCAAUUCCGUGGACAUGAAGAGGCUUGAAGCAAACCUGGAAGCUUACCUGUGGACUUGGUUUGCUGCGUCUGCCACUGCGACCAAGGUGCACUCGGUCCUAAAGUGGAACUUUGGGUCUGCUCAAGACGAAGCUGACGCAAUUGCUGCUGGAGGAAAAGCCAAGCUUGGCAUCUUCAACAAGCAGCUUGACGGCCAGCGGGUUCUUGUGGACUUGAACUAUGUGAAGGAUGGAAAGCAAAACGCCAAGAUCGCCAUUUUGGACCGCGAGGACAUUGCUUUGCACUUUGUGGGUCCGAUCUCCGUGAUGAAAAGUAGCCAGUCAUUGCACAUCGGAAAGAUUUUCAACAUCGAUUUCUACAUCAACCCUGUUCCGACGCCAACUCUUUGUAGCAACGUCAUAGUGCCUGCGUGGUCGGCAGCUGUGACUCCCAAGAGUGACAAGGCAAUUUCCAAAACUUUGGACGUGACACGCGCCGAUGACACGUCCGCCGGGGGUGAUGACGAUGGCAAGGGCAAGGAGCAAAUCGUUGUGAAACUGCGAAUCCGGAAGUUCCCAGUCUUGGACAAUAAUCCAGUUCUUCUUUGA